AUGCGUCUACUAGAGUUCGAUAGCCAAAAAGAAUUUAGCGUAACAAAAGAUCUUCUUAACGAAGUACCUCCGUAUGCGAUCCUGUCGCAUACCUGGGAGGCGGAUGAGGAAGAAGUCACCUUGCAAGACAUAGUGACAGGUAGUGGUAAAGACAAAGCAGGGUAUAGAAAGACUCAGUUCUGCGCGCAACAAGCUGCUCGUGAUGGUCUGCGCUACUUCUGGGUCGACUCUUGUUGCAUCGAUAGAUCGAACUACACGGAACUCUCAGAGGCGAUCAACUCAAUGUUCCGCUGGUACAAGCACGCAGCUAAAUGCUAUGUAUACCUCGCCGACGUCUCAGCCAGUACUUGCAGCCAGACUAGUCAGCCGCCUGAGGAAACAUGGGUGCCCGAGUUUCGAAACAGCAGAUGGUUUACUCGAGGCUGGACGCUUCAGGAGCUUCUUGCGUCCCCGGAGGUUGAGUUCUUCUCUCGCGAAGGCAUUAAACUCGGGUCUAAGAAGUCGCUGGAGCAGCAAAUCCAUGAAAUAACGGGCAUUCCCAUCCAGGCACUAGCAGGAUGUCCCUUGUCUGAUUUCAGGAUUGAAGAAAGACUCUCGUGGGCAGAGAAGCGCCAGACCAAGCGUGAGGAGGACGCGGCGUACAGCCUCCUCGGCCUAUUCGACCUGCACAUUCCGCUCAUCUACGGCGAAGGAAGAAGUAAUGCCAGAACCCGGCUGUUGCACGAAAUA